GACACGCCCUCUGGUGGUAGCCAGAGUAAGCCGAUAAUGGCUGUUUCUUUGUGAUUUCAGAAUACUCUAUGCAGUAGUUCUACUGUCUUGUCUCCUUCGUAUGUCAGUCUCUAACCUCAAAAAAUUCAAAAUUUGACAACAUGGAUUUCAGGGAAUUAGCGGAGAAAUACUUCAAAUUUCACAGUGAACCUUUGAAGAAAAUAGAAUUGCCCUCUAGUAAGUUUUUUUUGGAAUCUCCAAAUGAAGUCAAGGAUAAAAUAGAACACUAUCAGGAUAUUCUCAAGAAAUCUUUAGAAUAUGUGAGGGUAGAAAGAAGAUGUGCUAGAAGCAAAGGAAUCUGGUUAGAAGAUGUGGCUUUGUGUAGAGUUACUAAAGUUGUGGGAAACAUACUGAAAAACUUUGGAUUUCAGGAUAAGAGUGGUAUUUAUUUGUUACCUGAAGAAACUUUAUUCUUGGUCGAACAGAAUAAAUUAGAACUAAUGAAUAAAACUGAGCAAGUUAGUAUAUAUGAGGCAUAUACCUUAAUUAUGAAAAAUAUUACAUUAAAAAAGUAUAGAGUAUAUAAAAACUUGGUUGAGCAAGGUUAUAAGCUUCUCAAUAAAGAAGCAAUCAGAAAAUUUUAUGCUGUACAGAAAAAAAGCAGUCAAAGCUCAGUGAAAAAUAACAAAAAAAGGAAACAGUCUAGUUCCAGUACAACUGAGAAAGAAAUUGAAGUGAAGAAAAGUAAAAGAAAUUAUGAGGAGAGAUUUAAUGUGGGAAAAAAAAAUGAUCAUAAACAAGAUAUUGAUUUUACAGAGUUAUUUGAUAACCUUAGGAAACAGGGGCCAAGACUUGUUUUACCAAGUGAAACAUCAAAACAUCCAGACUAUUUUGGUUUCUUGCCAAACUCAAGAUCAAAGCAUAACCAUGAGUUUAAUUUGUAUAUAAGAGAAGGAAUUGAUUCGAAUGACUUCGAUAACUAUGAGCAUAUUCCUAAUAUAUUUGCUAUAUGUACAAAUGACAAUGUGACGUUUUGUAGAUACCCAAAUAUAAAUAUACCAAUAAUAAACGUACAACAUGGUACUUAAAA